AUGGAUGAAGAUUAUAAAGUUGAUACUGACCAAGACGAAAACAGGACAAAAGCAUAUAAAAAUGAUGGCAACAAUGUGGAGGAAGAAGAUGUUGAAGGAUAUAUUGAUCAAUUAAAAGAAAAAUUCUAUAAUUCAACAGAUAAUUUAAUAAUACAAAUCGGCAAUUUAUUAAAUACAAUACAAUCUAGCACUACAUUCAAAAACAUGAGUGAACCAUCAGCAAAAAUACUAUUUGAUAUUAUAACAAAUAUUAUUCAAAAUGGAUCUUCGCCAGAUUUGGUUAAAUUAUCAUUUAAUAUAUUGAAGCGCAUUUCAGAUAUAUAUUACGAGGAGUUUAUUGAAGAUUUAGUUGAAGAUACUGAUUUUAUCAAACAUAUUGUAGAAUUAUAUACGAAUUUCAUUAAUAUUUCACCAGACAUCAUAGAGUUUAUAGUGAAUACAAGCCAAUAUGGUAUGGAAAACUUCAUGAAAUACGUUGAUUGGGAUUGUUUUAAAGAAAGAUUUUCAGAAAAUUAUCAAGAAGUCGAGAAUUUACAAAAUAACGAAGCACUACUUUUAUAUAAGAUAGCUAAAAAUCACUUUGAAUGGUACGAAUUCCCUGAUUUUGGAGAAUUAUUGAUUGAAAUCAUUUUCUCGCAUUAUUUUACUUUAUCUAUGGAAACACGUCAUCACUUGAUCAAGUGUUUUAAGUAUUUGAAGAAAAUCAGCCGCGAUAAAUGGAAAAAACUUGUUAUUGAGAGUAAUUCACCAAUAAGAGCCUGGGAAAUGCUUAGAUCUGAUAAUUGUCCGGUUGUUGCAGUACUUGAACUACUUAAAAAGAUAUCUUCUCUCUGUGGAAAAGAAAUGAUUUUAGAUUACGAUAUUUUAUUCGGUAUUUUGAAUUCUGAUAUAUCAUAUAUUCAAGUCGCAGCUCUUAGAAUGCUUAGAACAUAUGUUUAUUCGUGUAGAGAUGUUAUUUUAGAUAGAAGAGAAGAAUUAUAUCAAAUUUUGACAACAAUUGUUCAAAUUGGAGGUUUUCAAGCUAAGUCAUGGGCUGUAAAGGUAAUAUGUCAGAUUGCAGAGAACGGAAGAGGUCAAGAAAACAGAGAAAUUUGGAAUCUUGGAAUUCUCGACUUAUUUAUGGAAGACAUGGGAGAAUAUCCACUGGAUGUGCAGUUUUCAGUUCUUUGUCUAUUACAAAACUUCGUUGAUUUCGGAUUUUUAACUGAAGAAACAGCAAAUGAAAAUUUUGUUGACCAAAUGAACGAAUAUCUUCAGAGUGAUAACAUUUCUGAAUCAGCUGAAGCAUAUGCAAAUAACAUAAUGAAAUCAAUUUUCGGAUAUUCAGAUUAUUCUGAUUAUGAUUGA